UGAGUUCCUGCGUAUUAACUUUCAUACUCUGGCAGAGUAUCAAACCGUUCCGCAACAACACUCAUCUAUCCAGCUCGUGGGAAGGGGUUAACUGUCAUUAAGAGAAAAUAACAUGGACAAAUCGGUCUUUUCAUCUAAGCCCCCGACUCUCUCUCAUCUAAAUCUGAGUAGCCUCUUCCUCCCUCAACUGAAACGGAAGGUAAAAAGGGAAACAUUUUUCAACACUGGGAGCUUUACCAGAAUGUCAUACUCGUGCAUACAUACUUUUGGCCAGUUUGUUCAUUCUCGGCCUGCCUCUAAACGACGUGAUUUAAUUUUGGUGAGACAGAGAAUCCAAUGCUCAUCAUGGCACCACCCAGUCUGUAUGUGGCCAGGACAUUUGCCACUGAGCAUUGCAGUACCCCAUCAUGUAAUGAGCCACUUGCAUUCAUGGAGUCAGCUGCAAGUAAAAAGUGGAGAAUCGGAGGGAGCUCUAAGCGGAGAAGGCGUGAUCUUGGAUGAGCAGACCUUAGAGCAGGACUUACAGAGAGCAAUUGAGGAAGAGAACUAUGCCCGAGCAGCAAAGAUCCGAGACAGCCUCCGCAUCCUCCAUGAGGACAGCAAAGCGUCCAUCCUUGCUGCAAACGCUCGUUUCUACAAUGCGUUCAAGAACGGUGAUUUGGCAGCCAUGCAUGCCAUCUGGGCGAAAGGGGAUAGCGUCUUCUGCGUGCACCCUGGCGCAGGUGGGAUUUCCGGUUAUGAUCUGGUCAUGGGGAGCUGGGAGCUUGUGUUGGGGGCUGACUACGAGUUCCCAAUCCACAUCGAUCUGAAGAACGUUGAAGUCCAUGUUAAAGGUGAUAUCGGGUAUGUAACAUGCAUGGAAGUGGUUAAGACGAAAGGCAGCAGUUGGGGGAAACAGGUUGCGACGAAUGUGUUUGAGAGGGCUGACGGGCAGUGGUUUAUGUGUGUCCACCAUGCAUCACACAUUGACCUUUGAGGUUUGCAUUUUGAUUGUAAUGGCAACAUGUCGAAAUUCGCUGCUUUUAUUUUUAUAGAGGCUCUUUUUCGUGUGUUUUUGUUA